CGAAGAAAACUGCCUGUGCGCUCUGUGACCAAUCUCCACGGCCCACCCUUGGCAGCUCAGCGGCAGCAUGGCGGCGGUGGAGGCUCGGAUAUGUGAGACAGAGGGCUGCAAAAGCGAAGCGAAACUUCAGUGCCCAACAUGCAUUAAGCUUGGAAUCGAAGGCUCAUACUUCUGUUCGCAGGAAUGUUUCAAAGGUAGUUGGUCUACUCACAAGUUGCUCCACAAGAAAGCAAAAGACGUUGGGAAGAACUGUGUGGAUAAUGACACCAACACGGACCCAUGGCCAGGCUACCGCUUCAGUGGCAAACUCCGCCCCCACUACCCACUGACUCCCAAGCGGCCUGUACCUGGGGAUAUCCAAAGACCUGACUACGCAGACCAUCCCAUGGGUAUGUCUGAGUCUGAGCAGUCUUUGAAAGGAACCUCUCAGAUCAAGACCCUGAACGAUGAGGAGGUCGAGGCCAUGAGGACGGUGUGUCGGUUAGCGCGAGAAGUGUUGGACAUUGCUGCCGUGAUGGUCAAACCUGGAGUCACGACGGAAGAGAUUGACCACGCCGUACACCUGGCCUGUGUCGCGCGCAACUGCUACCCAUCUCCUCUGAACUACUACAACUUCCCCAAGUCCUGCUGCACCUCCGUCAAUGAGGUCAUCUGCCACGGCAUUCCAGAUCGCAGGGCACUACAGGAGGGAGACAUACUCAAUGUGGAUAUCACAGUCUUUCACAACGGCUACCACGGAGACCUUAACGAGACCUUCUUCGUGGGAGAGGUGGACGAAGCAGCCAAGACCCUGGUGCAGGUCACCUACGAAUGUCUCAUGCAGGCCAUCGAUGCAGUGCAUCCUGGGGUGCGCUACAGGGAGCUGGGGAACAUCAUCCAGAAGCACGCCCAGGCCAGCGGCUUCUCCGUGGUCAGAAGUUACUGUGGCCACGGGAUCCACAGGCUGUUCCACACAGCACCCAAUGUGCCACAUUACGCCAAAAACAAGGCAGUUGGUGUGAUGAAGCCAGGCCAUGUCUUCACUAUUGAGCCCAUGAUUUGUGAAGGGGGCUGGCAGGAUGACACCUGGCCGGACGGCUGGACGGCAGUGACUCGAGAUGGGAAGCGCUCGGCGCAGUUCGAACACACACUCCUGGUGACUGAGACCGGAUGUGACAUCCUUACACGUCGCUUUGACGACAACGGCCGUGCCCACUUCCUGAAUUUCAUGUGAAGUUGGGGUCAGAUCUGACCAGGGCGCCUCAGCCCCAUCCGACCCCCCCCACACCUCCCCACUCCCUCACCCAGUCCCCACCGUAGGCCUGACAAGCCUGUCUCUAAUGUGGAGCAAAGGGAUGGACCGGGAUGAAUAGGAGCUUCGAGAUGGAGAAAGCUGAGAGAUUUACUGAAUGUGUCACUUGGCAGCCAUGUGACUGAGUGUUAAAACAAAAUACUUGCUGUGCCUCUCGAUUGGACGCACUGCUGCCCCACCCUUACUUACCCCUCUUCCCACCCCUCUCCGAACCACAGAAUCCUGAAACAGGUGCACUCGACAUCUCUGCCGCGCACUAAGACCCUAAGUCUGCUCCGGGUAUUAAUGAAGCUCUAAUCUGCGAGUUUAUCAUCCAAGACCUCACAGACAGACAUCUCUUAAAUAUUUCACUGAAUUCAGUGUCGACACUUCAAUGAAACUGGGUAGGCUAUCUGGUUCCACCAGCACUCUCAAACAGCCCCUGGCUACAUUAAUGCCCACAGCAGACUGUCAAAUGUUGAGUUCUGUGUUUGUGUCGUGUGCACAGCUGUCUUUGGUGUGUGCGAGUGAUAAACAAAUGAGCGUGUGCAAACCAAGUUUUUGAGUGUCUGUGAGCAAUCAGUGCCUGUGUGUUUCUGUGUGAGUGAGUGAAUGCUAUUAUGUCUGGAUAUUACUGUGAGCAUUGGCAGGCCUGUACUGUAUAUUGUGGGUUUUUUAGUGCGUGUUUGUGUGUGUGUGUGAGUGUGGUUGUGUGAGUGUGCGUGCGUAAAGAGUGUUUAGAAUAAUUUUUUAACACUUACGUGGACACACUUCUCUCUGUGUCAGUUCUGUUUCUUCAGUGAUCUGAUUUGAUUCCAAAGAUCAGUGGUCCUGUUCUUCAAGAGUGCCUCAUGUCACUUCAUUCACAACCACAGACAAUCCUCAUCACUGUCAGACAAAAUGUACACACCCAUAACACCAACUCAUCACAAACAAUAUAUUUUUAUGCACUUGCACAGAAGUGUCAUCCACUAAUGUUCAGCCUUGUUCGGUGUUUUGUGUUCAAAGCCCUGAUUGCAGAGGACUCAGUGUAGCAAUUGAAAGCAUGUGUGUGCAAGCACUGCAUAUAUGUGUGUGUAUGGUGUGCUUGCAAGGAAGAAGAGGAGGAGAAGGAGAAGGAUCAGGAUUCACGAGUGCUGAUGUCCAUAAGUGCAUAUCAUGAGGGGAAAGUGUGGCCCUGUAAAAUGUUUUGUUCUGCAUAUUCAUUUCCUGUGUAAGUUGGUACACUAAAAGGUAUUUCACGUGAACACACUCGAAGGCAGAUAAUGUUUCUGUUGGUUUCUGUGAGGGGCGAUUGAGGCAGCGCUAAAGCUGUGCUUUGCUGUUGGCAUUUCAGCUUUAAGUGACACAGCAUCCUUUUUUUUGACUUGGUAUGCUUACCAUGGUAAUUAGCAUGGCACAGUGGAAAUAGUACUCGGUGCUAUGGUUGUAAUUUGAAGAUAAAAUUAUUAAAUUUAUUUCAGUAUUCUUUGUCAAGCUGGAUUAAACUGUUCAUCCUUGUGAA